AUGGUGUAUGCCAUCAGUUUCUGUCCUUUAUCUAAACAUAAACAAUUCAAAGAACAUGGUUUUGACGACUCAAAAAAACUGACAGAAGAAAAACGUACUGAAUUAGCGAAAAUGAUACAAAAAAAUAAGGAUUGGAUUGGAUGGGCAGUCUAUGUUUUGUCACCACAGGAUAUUUCUGCGAAUAUGUUCAAAAGACCUGUUUAUAACUUGAACGAAAUGGCCCAUGAUGCCACCAUCAAAUUGAUACAACACGUAGUUGGACUGGGGAUAGAUAUACAAACGAUUUAUGUCGAUCCAGUGGGCCCAAGCAAUACCUACAGAAAGAAACUUGAAUCUUACUUUCCCAAUGUUGAAAUUAUCGUCGAACCUAAAGCAGAUGCUCUUUACCCAAUUGUUAGUGCUGCCAGUAUCUGUGCGAAAGUGACGCGAGAUCAAUACAUGCAGCACUGGCAAUGGACAGAGCCCGGUCUCAUCGACUUGUCUAAAAAGUUUGGAUCUGGCUACCCAUCCGAUCCAGCAACAAAGGAGUGGUUGAAGACGAAUCAAGAUGCCUUCUUUGGAUUCCCUAGCAUUACUCGAUUCAGCUGGAGUACCAUCAUCAAGCUUAUGGAGGUGAGAGAGCCUUUUCCCAUGUCAUGUCUCUUGAAAUACGAACAUGCGGCUCUCCGAUGGCUGAGAAAAAGUACUUCAAAGCCUUAA